UUAUUUUGAUUUAAUAGUAAAGAAGUAAAGAUAACAUUAGUUAAUUACAGAUAAUAUAAUGUCCGAAAAGCAAUACAACUGAAAAUUGACUCGUGGUCUAAGUGCAGGGGCACACAAUAUUAAACUCUAAAAAGUAAAAUCACAUCUGCUCUGCAACACCAUAAAUUCUUUAUCGAAGAUGGCAUCAAUUUCUAUGGCAGCUUCAUUACCCUCUCUUACCAACCUCAAACUCCAUUGUCCCAAUUACAAUAGAUUUACAACUGUGAGUAUGAGAGCAUCAGCAAGUAUUGAUGGAGCAGCUAUUUCCACUCAAGGAAUUAAGCUUACUGAAGGAUUGGGUAAUCUUCCCAAGGUUGUUCUCACUUCUCCUCAUGGCAGUGAGGCUGAAGUAUACUUGUUUGGAGGUUGUGUGACUUCAUGGAAAAUUCCAAAUGGCAAAGACCUUCUUUUUGUCAGGCCUGAUGCUGUGUUCAAUGGCCAGAAACCCAUCAGUGGAGGAAUCCCACAUUGUUUUCCUCAGUUUGGACCUGGGGAAAUACAGCAGCAUGGUUUUGCAAGGAAUAUGAACUGGUCGGUUGUUGAUUCUGAAAGUAUCGAUGGGAAACCUGUUCUGACUUUAGAACUGAAGGAUAAUCCUUACAGCCGGGCAAUGUGGGAUUACAGCUUCCAAGCUUUGUAUAAGAUCAUUUUGGAUUCCAAUAGCCUUUCAACAGAGUUAACUGUCACUAAUACAGACAAAAAGGCCUUCUCUUUUAGCACUGCUUUGCAUACAUACUUCCGGGCUUUGAUCAACGGGGUGGCGGUUACAGGUCUGAAAGGUUGCAAAACACUCAGCAAAGAAUUAGAUCCUAAAAAUCCUCAAGAGGGUACAGAGGAGAGGGAUGUGGUCACAUUUCCUGGAUUUGUGGACUGUGUAUAUCUUGAUGCACCAAAUGAAGUACUCCUCGAUAAUGGUUUGGGGGAUAAAAUAUCAGUCAAGAAUACCAAUUGGUUAGAUGCGGUCUUGUGGAAUCCACAUCUGCAGAUGGAAGCUUGUUACAAAGAUUUCGUUUGUGUUGAGAAUGCCAAGAUUACAGAACUCCAGCUACAGCCUGAGCAAUCUUGGACAGCAACACAGCAACUUAGUGUUGCUUGAGAUAGUUUUUGCAGCAUCAUAUUUAAGGAACACGUUUCUCUUGUCAACAUCUUAGAAAUACUCUUCAUGGAUUUGGCAGCUUAUCAUUUGAAUAAUCAAAAUAAAUUUUGUAUAUUGUUCAGCAUUCUUCAAUAAAUAUUUUGUAUCUAGUUGACUUGUUGUAACAUAUUCCUGUUCAAUGGACAAUCUAGCAAUUCCAAAAUUAUAUACUGUCA